AUGUUCAAUGAAAUCAUAUCUGAUACUACAACGAUAUCUUUAGAACUAAUGAGUGGUUGGUCAUCGGUAGAGAAUGGGUUUUUCUUUGAUCAAGACUUACCAAUGAUUGUUUCAACUCUAAGGGUUCAGUUAAAUCGUUCAAAAAAGGAGGUGAACAAGAAAGAUCUUGCUUUUCUGAGUAAUCGGGAGUUUCCAAUAGCUCUCAAGCCGAAGAAUAAGCAUACCAAAGGAGUAAAAAUGUUCUACACAAGAGACACAAGACAGCAACAUAAUACUAUCAAGAGACCGAGGAAUAAGUUUAUUCUUGCUAGAACCAUAUUAAGUAAAGUUGUGAAAGCGCAAUCUACAGAACUCACCAAUGACGAUACCUCAAGAAUCAUAUCAUGGGUUUGGAAGAAUAGUACUUGUGAGUUUCAGAGAUAUUUCAAUUAUCUAUCGUUUAUUGAAGAACAGUGGCACAGCAUUUACCAUCCUGAAUAUACCUUCUCACCAAAGACAAAAACAAAUGGUACUCUUAAUCAAAAGCUGAAGAAUAAUUCACCGCAUGACACAAUUAUCAAAUUUAACCCAGUGAGCUCAUCUAGACUACAAAAUAUAAAUUCAAAAUCGUUUGGUUCCAAAAUCAGUUUCGAAGAUGUGGGAGAUAUGAACAGGUAUGUUCAAUUAUGUGCUAGUUCAUAUGACAAAAAGCAAAGAACGGCUCAUUACCAAACGAGCACCCUAUCGAGCUCCCAGAACACUGCUAAUUAUAAAGCACAUACGUCAAAAUUUUCUAUCAAACCAUUACCAGGAAGGGAACAGAAGAAUCGCAUAUCUUCUAAAAGUGAAAAGUCCAGAAUUGAUAAGCGUCUAUCAUACCGAGCGGUUUCUUCAAAGAUGGCAAUUGAUGCACCUGAUGUGCGCAUCAAUGAGAACAAUCUACAAACCUUGAUUGUGAAAAGGUUUUCUUCCUCAUUAUUUGCUGUUCUUACUGAUGAUAUAUAUUUAGACACAGGGCUUACGGACUCUUCCGAUAUUUUACCUAAAGUCUAG